AUGCGUGGUCAACUCGAACUGAGAUGCGGGGGAAUUCAUGAUGUGUGUCCCGCCCGAAUUCUCGCACUCGGUCUUCCCAAAGCAUGGGGAUGUGCCGCUGAUGUAUUCGAUUCGCUCCUGUACAAAGCGUCCAUCCCGAUGCGGUUCCUGCACUACGCCCCCGUGCCGAACCCAUACCAUCUGAAAUUUGGAGUUGCCGACCAUACCGACUUUGGAUGCGUGACCAUCCUACUCCAGGAUCCCAACACGACGGGCCUGGAGGUUUUCUAUCCACGCACGGAGUCCUGGGUGCCUGUUCCAGUGGCUGAAGACGCCUAUGUCAUCAAUAUGGGCGACAUGAUGCAGAAGUACACGGGCGGUUACUAUCGCAGCGCUCGCCAGCGCGUACAAACCAACCGCCACGCCCACCGCCACAUCGUCGCCUUCUUCCUCAACGGGAAUCUCAAGCUUAAUAUCACGGCCUUAGACGGAUCUGGGGUCGAGACGGUGGUUGGCGAGCACAUCCGGAGCCGCCUGAUCGAGACUAUGGGGGAGACUGGGAAGCAGCUUCAGCGCGAGACUCUCACCGCCGUGGGUGUCUGAUUUGACUCCAAGAGACAUAUUAAAUACAAUAUC